AUGGCUUUUCUUCGAAAAAAGAAGGUUAAAUUCAGUGUUGCAUUGGUCGUGGAAAAAUUGACUGAUGUUCCGUUAUUAAAUGCUGUGAUAUUUGCAAAGGUUCGUCUACUCGAAUGUGGUUCUUUUGUUGGCACUACAUUGCAUAGACCAGUCUGUUCCCACCAAGUUGACUUUAUGAUCCCUUCAGUUUCAAGACGGUUUAAUAGUUCUGCACCUUCGAAUAUUCGCAUGAGAAGUAGGACGAACAGUGGGCAAAUUUAUCCAAAUGCAAAUGUUCAUAGGCAUAGUACAACAGACAUAAUUGAUGGAUCUUCCAUCGCCUCUUCUAUGAAUUCCUUACAAGAACAACAACAACAUAAACAAUUUUCUUUAUCUCCAGCUUCUCAUAGAAAAUUUCAACAAAUUGAAAGGCGUCAUUCUUUAACUGAACGUUCUCCACGUGAAUUAGACGAUGCUCACCGUAAAUGGGAUGAUUUUGAAGAAGCUUUAAAAGCGCAAGCAGAAAACAGCCAAAUCGAUGAGGCAAGCUAUCAAAAAAUUUUGGAGCAAAUUGAUGCGCGCAAUCGAAAAUGCAAACACUUAUUGGAAGAAGAUGGGAUUAAAAAUGAAUUUGAUGAGCUAAUACAGAAUAGAAUUCGCGAUUCUGAUCAGCCCGAAUACUUUAUCGAUGAACUUGGAAAUUUAGCUUAUGCUGAAAAAAAUACACAACCAUUUUCUUUUUAUUGUUAUAUCCCUUAUGAUUCUAAAUAUUCUGGAGAACUUGAGGCCUGUCGAUGCAAAAUUUCAUUAAGAAAGGAAGACCGUGCUGGACGUAAUCCACAAAAAUUGGGUUAUGUAAUAAUUAAUCUUUCUGAAUUUGCUGGGAGUGGAAAUACUGGUAUUAGAAAGUCUUUUUUACUUGAUGGAUAUUUUACAAGUCAAAGACAGGACAAUUCUCGUGUUCAUAUUUUUAUUAGAAUGCAGCAUGAUUCAUUAGAUCCUCUUUUUAAAGUGUAAGGAGUUUUUAAAUUUUUUUUUCAUGUUAAUCUCUCCGUGAUAUUUUUGACUGUUUUAUCUUUGAUUGGGUCUGACAGCAAAAAAUGACGAAACUAGGGUUUUUAGAAAAUCUUUGGAUAGCAGGAUUUAAAUCGGAAGACUGGCCCAGAAAAUCUUCGGUUCUCCUUUUUGAUUCCGCUCCGGCUAUCUUAUCAUUUUUUGACCAGAGCUCGUUGAACUUUAUGUUUUGGCUUAUUUUUAUUUUUUCGGCC